UGUAUAGGUCAGGUAGAUUGGCCAAUGGGGAUUGCAAGGGUAGGGAGGUGGCUCUGGGAUGCUCUUUGGAGAGUUAGUGUGAACCUGAAGGGCCUGCUUCCACACUGUAGGGAUUCAAUGAUUAUAUUCCAAACUACUCUGAUCCACAUGUUCUUCUACUCAAGAACUUAAUGCUGAAAGGUGGCCAGCUAUUCAACCAUUGGGUCAUCACAGCCAACACUCAUCAGCUCCCCCUUGCCUGAAUUGUACCAGUCAAAUUAAAGAGUUUAAUCUAAAUGUAACAAGGCAUGCAGCUUGAGAAGUGGAAAGUGCAUACAAUAAACCUUCACUUGCGGGUUAUUUACUAAGUUGGAGGUGUUAUAUAAACGUAAGUUGUUGUUUGGCCAGUAUUAAAGGAGAGGGUAUUCUGUCGACCUAAGCAAUACAUGUCAAAAUGUUAUGUUUACCUAAGAAGUUCUUCUAAAAAGUUUGAAUCAUUAAACUCCCCAAAUGUAAGCUCUAAAUUCUCGAUUUGUUUUACUGCACAAGUUCCAUCAAGUUCAAAUCAGAACAUUUCUGCAAAGUGUAAUAUCAUUAGGAAUGUGUUAUAUUUACUGGCUGCACCAGGAUGUAUCAUAUGUGUAUUAGCUACACUGCAUUUAUUUAUAUUGUUAUAGUGUUAUUUAUAUUGAGUAGACCAGAAUGCAAUGUAUAAGUGUUACUGUGAGCUGGUCUUAUUCUGCUUUUCUUUCCCCUCUAUAUGUACAUCACUGACUCCGAAAGCACUGGAAAGUCUUUUUUGACCAGAUGAGCAAUAAACGGUCUAACAGCUUCUGUCGUGCUAUCCAUUUGGGAAAUCGCCAUCUCCGUGCCAAUUCGCUCCUUGAAGAAACUGGCCUCACGAUAUCCCAGCGAUUUAUCCGACACAUCGCGUAUGAGACCCUGCCCAGGGGACUGGACCGCAAGUGGUACUAUGACAGCUACACGUGUUGCCCCCCACCCUGGUUUAUGAUCACUGUUACCCUUCUGGAGAUUGCCGUUUUCAUCUAUUACGGGCUGGUCCUGGAGAAAUGGGUGCUCCAGAUCACACACCCUUCGUAUUUGAACAAUCCACUGGUCUACCAGCCACAGCUCCGCAGGCAAAUCUGGCGCUACCUCAGUUACAUCUUCAUGCAUGUUGGAGUUGAGCAUCUGGGCUUCAAUGUGGUGUUGCAGCUGCUGGUCGGAGUUCCUCUCGAAAUGGUGCAUGGCGCUCUCCGCAUUAGCUUCAUCUACCUCGCUGGUGUACUCGCAGGUUCACUGGCAGCAUCAGUGGCUGAUAUGACUGCACCAGUAGCAGGAUCUUCAGGAGGAGUUUAUGCUCUGGUCUCUGCGCAUCUAGCUAACGUAGUCAUGAGUUGGUCAGGAAUGAGAUGUCAGUUCAAGCUGAUCCGGAUGGGAAUAGCGAUGAUUUGCAUGAGUUUGGAGUUCGGCCGAGCAGUCUGGCUGCGAUUCCAUCCAGCCACCCACCCCUCGUACACUCACCCCAGCUUCGUGACUCAUCUCGGCGGAGUGAUGGUGGGAAUCACACUUGGGGUGGUGGUCCUCAGGAACUACGAGCAAAGGCUCCAUGAGCAAUCCAUCUGGUGGAUCUUUCUCCUCAUAUACCUUCUUUUUGUUUUCUUCGCUGUCCUCUGGAACAUCUUUGCCUAUAAUCUUUUGGAGAUCAGGUUACUCUCACCAGCCUAACACAAGUUGCAACAAGCUUCAAGAUGGAGAUGGGUGCAAGACUCCAAUCCAACAGCAAAGAUCUACUAAAAUCACAAUAUUAACGGACUAAACCAAUUGGACAAAAAAACACAAAGGAGUGGGUGGGAUUCUGCCAGGAUGAAUCGACACUGUGACAACGUGAGAAAAGAUUGGUUCAAUCAUGUCCAAAGGAUUGAUUUUCACAUCACAGUGGAUUGAUGGAUUUGCUGAUUUAAAUAGUUAGUGAUAAUCCAAGUUUCUUUUUAAAAAGACAUGACAAGUUUUUCUUGAUGUUAAAUAGGAGAGUCCAGCUGUAAUCUGUAGACUGAAGUCGCCCACUCCCCAGACCUCACUGGCAGCUGUAAAAGGUCAACGAUGUGGUGUGAAACAGAAUGGCAUCAGCAAUUCAGUCAUCUCAAUCUCAGCUCCAUUCAAUGUGUAUGCACAAUUCAAUCAAUCACAUUCAGGGUUUCUUGGGAAACAGUCUCAGCAGCCUUAUUCAGAGGAUGGACUAAGAAAACACCCCAAGAGACUUAUUCCAAAUCACAGUCCUGUGGCACCCUGAUAGUAAUGCGAUGGUGUGAAUUCUCCCAGUAGCCAAAUAAUCCAGCACCAAUCUCUUGGCUGUCUGCCUGAGUAGGGGCAAACACACAACGGCUGCAUUACACUGGGAUACAGCACCUUCAGGAGAGGCAAGAUAGGUAAUUAAUUUAUUCCUAAACCAGUAUCCCAAAAGGAUUGGACAUUACGAGAGUGUGAGUGAAGGAAGUCCAAUUUUGAAGAGGGCAUUCCAGAGUUAGGGCCGCCACUGGAACUACCAAACUCUUUUUUAAAAUGGUUUCAGUGUCACAAUUGGACCUUUGAUUCGAAAUGUAACCUCAGACAUUUGAGCACAUUUAACUGGUGUAAAUAACAUUUUGUAACUUGUAUAUAGCUUGCUCAAACUCCAUAAAUAAUAAAAUUAUUCCUGGAACAGAAGUGAUGGGGAUGUCCUUGUAGGCUGUAGAUUAUUUGAACUCUCUCCACCCUGCAGGCACUCUGCCUGUAUUCCUGAUGAAGGGCUUUUGCCCGAAACGUCGAUUUUCCUGCUCCU